GGUUCCUUCAUUCAUGCUUGGGUUCCUCGAACCCAGCGCCUGGGUUCAACCCAGCACGCCUGGGUUCGAUGGAACCUAGGCGCGGGUCCCAAGCGCUGGUUCGGGAACCCAAGCGCUGGUUCGGGAACCCAAGCGCUGGUUUGGGAACCCAGGUGCGGGUUCCUAGAACCCAAGCCCUGGGUUCCUUCAAACCCAUCACCUGGGUUCGAUGGAACCCAGGUGUGGGUUCGAGAACCCAGGCGCGGGUUCCUCGAACCCAAGCCCUGGGUUCCUACAAACCCAGCGCCUAGGUUCGAUGGAACCCAAGCAGGUUGAGAAACCCAAGCCUUGUGUUCCUUCGAACCCAGUGCCUGGGUUCGAUGGAACCUGGGCGCAGGUUCAAGUCGAACACGCCUGUGUUUUUUCUUUUGUUUCUUUGUUUUUCUGUUUCUUUAGUGGCUGCAGUGAUGCUUAACUAUCUUGGUAUGGGAUUUAGAGUUUUGAUAUGAGUUCUGCUUGCUUGAAUUUCAAGAUUCAAUUACAGUCGGUGUUGAUUGAAGGGAUGUUGCGUUUUUUGCAUUUUUCUUUUCUUUUACAGAUUUGGUAUAAGUUUGCAAUAUGAUUAAUUUGUUGAAUUUUUAUAAAUUUGAUAUAAGUUU